CUUUCCUCGCCGGGGCCCUCGGCCGCGCGGGGCUCGUUGUUAUGACGACACGGCCGUAAAGCCGCCAUCUUGGUGGUUGCGGCGCCUUGCGACAUGGAGGCCGCGGUGGCAACGGGCGCUGGGCCGGCGGGGCUUACGGCAGCUGGGCCGCGGGGACAGGAGCGCGCGGCGGAGGCGCUGUGCAGCCCGAUCCGGCCGCCCGCCGCUGUGCUCGGCCUCCCGGCGCCCUUCGAAGAGGAAGAUGAAGACGACCGGCACAGGUGUGGCCGCUGCCAGUCCGAGUUCACCUCUUUGGAGGAAUUCGUGCAGCACAAACUACAGAAGCUCUGCCAGAGGCCUCCGGAGGCGCCUGCAGCGGCCCCGGUGGCGACAUCUGCUGAAGAGCCGAUAACUGUGGCUCACAUAGUUGUCGAAACUGCUCCGAUAACAGAAGAAAUCAGCAGUGCCUCUGCAGUCCUAGGCGGUGGGCACAUUAAAGAAGUCAUUGUAGUUGGCGACCAUGUCUUUGAAAACCCCAAUGGCCACAUUGACGGUGAUGCUGGAGAGGGGCAGGGGAGUCCUGAAGUUCCAGAAGAAGAGGCUUCCAUGGAACUCAUCAAGGUUAAACUGCUGGUUAACAAAGAAGGCCGAUAUGUGUGUGACCUCUGCCACAAAACAUUUAAAACGGCCAGCAUUCUCAAAGCUCACAUGAUAACUCACAGCAGCAGAAAGGACUAUGAGUGCAAGUUAUGUGGGACGUCUUUUAGGACCAAGGGUUCUCUCAUCCGCCACCAUCGCCGCCAUACAGAUGAGCGUCCUUACAAGUGCAAGAAAUGCGGGAAAAGCUUCCGUGAAUCAGGAGCUUUGACUAGGCACCUGAAAUCCUUAACUCCCUGCACUGAGAAAAUCCGCUUCAAUAUGAACAAGGAAAUUGUAGUUAGUAAAGAGGAUAUCAACUCAGGGCCUGGCAGCUCCAACGCACAGGCUGUUUCCUCAGUGGCCACUCAGUCCCUGGACUCCUCACCCAUAAUCCGUCUUGUGACAGAUGCCAAAGGGAAUGUCCUUCAUGAAGUCCACGUCCAGAUGCAGGAGCUCCCUGUUGGGGAGGCAAAAUCGCUCGACCAAGAGCCUUCCAGUCCUGAGGAGCUGCCCCCUGAGAGAGAGGAUGACGAGAAUUUACUGCGAGAGGCCAUGAGGAAUUCUGGAAUCGUGAUAGAACACAUUUCAGCGGAGGAAGGGACUAAGUCUGAUGGAGCAGAUAGGGCUGCUACACCUGAGGAGUUAAAGAGCCAAGAGGUGGACGCCCCAGAGAAGCUGUGUGAGGAUCAGUAUGCAGAGCAGGUAGAAACGCUAGACACAGAGAUGACGGAUGAAAGCAAGCAUCUUGCCUGCCCCUACUGCAGCAAAGCCUUCCACGAACACAGGGCCCUCGACUUGCACGUCAGCGAACAUCUAGACUACAAGCCCUUCAAGUGCCAGGACUGUGGCAAAGAGUUCAUGAAGGGCUACCUCCUGAAAAAGCACCAGGAGGUGCAUGUGAACGAGCGGCGUUUCUGCUGUGGGGAGUGUGGCAAGCUGUACAAGACCAUUGCCCAUGUCAAGGGGCACCGGAGGGUCCAUUCUGAGGAGCGACCCUAUCCUUGCCCCAAGUGUGGCAAAAGGUACAAGACCAAGAAUGCCCAGCAGGUUCAUUUCCGGACACAUCUGGAUGAGAAACCAUACAUCUGUCACUUCUGCAAUCAGGGCUUUCGAGAAAAGGGCUCCUUGGUGCGCCACCUCCGUCACCACACGGGUGAGAAGCCAUUCAAGUGCUACAAAUGUGGACGUGGCUUCGCAGAGCACGGCACCCUCAACAGGCACCUGAGGACCAAAGGUGGCUGCCUGCUCACCCUGAAAGAGGCCGAAGUCACUGUGGUGUCGGAGGGAGGCCAGUCAGCAGACAGCCUGGCUGCUACGGUCAUUGCCGAAGAUGCCCCCACAGUCCUGGUGGAGUUCUCUUCCGUGGUGGCAGACACUCAAGAGUACAUCAUUGAGACAGCUACUGAAGACUUGGAAACCAGUGAAGCCACGGAAAUUAUAGAAGGAACAAGGCAUGAGGUGGACAGUCACAUCAUGAAAGUGGUGCAGCAGAUAGUGAACCAAGCCAGUUCUGGUCAUCAGAUAAUUGUCCAGAACGUCACAGUGGCGGAAAGCUCCAGCCUGACGCCGGACAGCACAGACACGAUUGCCAUUGCCACCCCCGAGAGUCUCACGGAGCAAGUGGCCAUGACCUUGGCGUCAGCCAUUGGCGAGGGAGCUGUGCUGACAACAGAGGGCAGCACAGAGGCAGAAGCAGCCACCAUGGCUGAAAACAUCGAGAUUGUGGAGCACACGGGUGACUUUGUGAUUGCCUCCCAAGAGGGGGAGCUGGAGGUUCAGACUGUGAUAGUCUAGGGCUCUUAGGGGGUCGUCCUGCAGUGCACAUGGCAGUGCUUUGCGCCAGGCAUGCCUGAACUCGGGCUCUGGGGGCAGUUUCCACAUACUAUUUCAACAGGUAUGUGGAGCAGGGAAGCAGCACAGGAACUCCUGCAACCUUGCGUACAAGCAGCAAGACGUCACAGGAGGUGCCAAUUUCCUCACUGUCCCCCUGGGGAGGGGGAUAUUGGGACAGUUGAGCUCUGUUCCCAGGCCACUCUUUAUAGCACUUGUUGCUAGCUGCUGCGUUAGGGCUACAGCAAAGCACUUUAUCAACUCGGCUAGAGGCAAACGGAGAAGAAACGGAAACCUGCUCUGCUCAGCGGCAACUGGGCAGGGGCGUUGGCCAUUCUGACUUCAAGCAGCUUCAGACAUAGAAUGCAAGUGACUCAUGAUGGACACGAACCUCCUAGGAUGGUUUGAAAGGCUUCACCGCAAAAUGCCACAGGUUAUUCCGAAUACCUUCCAAGUACUAUGUCAAAGUCACACUGUAUAUUUCUUUUAUAACCACAUAGUUUUUAAUUGCAGAUUGUACAGUUUAGCCUGUAAAUAAAAUUCUUUUUAAAAUACA